GUCGCUGGGAUCCGUCUCUGCCCAAUAAGAGAGAAUUAUUUUCCUAGUUCGCCUCAGUUUCUCUCGUGUGUUGGGUGAAUAGGUACACGCCGUUCGAACCGUAUAGACUCAUCUGUGAAUGUGGCAAAUGCAAAGCCAGUUGUUUAUUUAGUCUUUGGCUUCCAGUCAUCGACUACGCACUGGAAGUCAACAACGACGUCCUUGAGUUUUGCAGAUUUGCUUUGGCGUAGAACUUGGAUUCGUAACAGAGCAAAAAAAAAGAAAAGAAAAAAAAACAUCAUCAUGGCCAUGAACGACCAUCAACGGUGGACGAGAAUUAAUAGGGAGUUAAGGAUCGAGCUUCCCACCGGAAGAUAUGCGUUCGCCUGGAGGAAUUUUAUCAUCACACUUUAUGAACAGAUUGAACAUUGGAUGGACCAGAGGCGCCGGGAAAUCAGGCAUACCACGUGGGACUUUUGCGUCAUACAUUCGCAAAGCAGACGAGACCGCGAGGCAGCUGCGGCGUUCAAGCGGCUCUUGGAAUCGACAUUGGGUAUCACAGGAAGAACCUUUAAGGACAUCGCGUUGGGCGAGAACACACUCGAGGCGGCGUCGGAGAUGGUGACGGGCAGCACCAAAGUGUUCAUCAUCGUCAGCAAAUACUUAGAUCUUCCAGAUUUUCCAAAGUUUGUUUUCCAGUCCGCCCUCAUGGCGCAGCUGCACCGCUCCGACUGGAGGAAAAAGCUGGUGCCCGUGUACCUGCCCGGGAACAUGGACAACCCGCCUUUGCUCCUCGCCGGCCUGCAAGGGUUCACGCUGGGCAACGACAUCCACACGGUGGAACUGGUGAGGAGCUUUUAAUGAUGGAUUCCUCCU